UAUAUCUCGCAUACCACAACGGGAUGUUUGAAUUAUUAAUAGUUCAACGUGAAAAUGGCGGAUAGUGAACUUUCACAGACUGAAAGUGCCAAUGAAGGACAAGUUGGUACAGAAAGCAUAGCUGCCACUGCUGUAUCAUCAGAAUCUGUCCAGAAAGUUAUGGCAGCUGACAAAGAUAGUCAGACUAAAAAGCCCAGGGUAGACCUUCAGAACUUGCCAACAAGACAAUAUCUCGAUACAACUGUUGUACCCAUUCUCUUACAGAGCUUGUCAGCCUUGGUUAAAGAAAGACCACCUGAUCCCAUUGACUAUCUUGCUGCCUACCUCUUGAAGAACAAAUCACAGUUUGAACAGGGAUGGACACAGAACUCAUCCAGUUAAUAUGCUUGGCUGUUCAUGUUGUGGACUAAAUUGUGCUGUUUACCAGAGGAACUAAAGUUCUCAUGUAUGUUUACAACAAUGUAUAUGAUUCACUUAAAGAUUCUGUGAAAUACUACAUCUGAUUUUUCAUUAAAACAGUUAACCAUAAAACCAAGUAAAACACCAAAACUUGGAAAAUGUAAGUACUGUAGUCAUAAUAGACUUGAAAAAGUCAUGUAUCUGUGAACUUGCAUGAAUCACGUUAGUAAAUAUAGUUUCUACAAGUUGUGUAAA